GCCGAUUUGAUAUCUAUCAUGAGGGUGAUUAACAUUCGUUGGGGAACCUGCCUGCCUGGUUUCGUUGCGAUAACUUAUUUGCUGAGUGCCCUGCUGUUUUUUGGAAUGGAUAUAACCAACGUACAGCCGGUGGAACCGCGAGCUAUAAAAAACCAGACCAAAGUAGUCCGUAAGUCCCGCCCGUUUGUGAAAACCAUCCGUACUCCAGAUGACCGUUCCUGGGAUCAGGUGGUUACCAACCCGGAGUUAAAACCCCGAUUUCGGUUUAGCGGUGGGAGGACGGGAGUCAAGUUCGUGAUUGGAGUGCCCACUGUCCUGCGACCCAAAAGAAAUUACGUGCUCCAAACCGUGGACUGCUUGAUCCGGCGGAUGAGGCCGGAGCACCGAGACCAGUGUUUGAUUGUGAUCUUUGUGGGUGAAACCAAGCUCCAGUUUACCAAGUUCAUUGUUAAGGAACUAACGGCGAACCAUUCGAUGCAUAUGCGAGCAGGUCUCAUCGAUGUGAUUGCUCCCCCUUUGAAUUACUAUCCCAACUUCUCGAGACUCCACAUCACGCUGCACGACGAUCCGCAGAGAGUUCAGUGGCGGACCAAACAGAACCUGGACUAUAUAUACCUGAUGUCCUAUGCCAGAUCGAAGGGUUCUUACUACCUGCAGCUGGAGGACGACGUGAUGUCGAACAAGGGCUUUAUGGACUACAUCCAGAAGUUUGCCCUGCUGCAUGGUCGCUUUCGGUUCGCCCACCAGCCCGACUGGAUUGUGAUGAGCUUCAGCGACUUGGGUUUCAUAGGGAAGCUCUUUCCCACCUCCGUUCUCAAGUCCUUUGUGGCCUACUUGCAGUUGUUUAGCAAUGAGCAACCCAUUGACUGGCUCCUUCAGAGUUUUGUGGCCCUGCAGAGCUGUCGCUGGGACAGUAUUUCCCAUCCAAACUGCCAAAGGGACAUCGGAUCCAGACUAAUUCGAGCCGCACAAUCCCAGUUCCAGCACAUGGGCGCAUUAUCCUCGCUGGCGGAGAAGGUGCAGCACCAAAAGGAUGGUUUAUUCAACCGGAAUAUUGGGAGGCAGCGCAUGCAACACCUGCGACAACCCCUCAACCUCAUCUCUUCACAUCGGAAUUCGCUCUUAAGACAGAAUCUCCACCUGGAAACGGGCGAAACUUUUAUUUGGCUUUAUAUGCCUCAGAUGCCCGAGAUAAUGAAGUAUCUGAUUAGAAAUCAGUACAAGAAGUCGCAGAUCCGUAUCCGUAAUGCCAAGGACUCGUCCACAAAUCUGGCAGAGUUCAACGUAGAUUUGGUGCAUAAAUCGCCCACUUUGGACGCGAAUAGCUCAUUCAACGAGCACUGUGGAUUCGUUAUGAGCCACACCGUCCUAGGGAUAGACAAUAAUGAUGCGCAUGGCGACGAGCUGCCCUUCAAUUACAUGUUCUUCUACAUCAGGGAGGAACCCCAAGGCCUAACCUGGUUCCGCCGAUUCCUUUGGGGCUCGGACUUCAACGAAUCUCGUGCCUACCAAUUGGGAUUACCAUCG